GCCUUUAAAAAACAGAAUGGUUGUGACCUCACGGUGAGGUCAGAUAUCUUGUCCUACCAAUGUGUAGGAACGGUUCCAGUACCAGCUGCUGCAAAGAUGCAACUGUCAUCCAUGCCCUCGUGAUUAAUUCUUCAUGUAAGACUGCAUGAGAGGCUUCCGACAUACGUAUACUCCUGAUCUCUUUUGUGGAUACGAUAAGCUGAAAGCUGAAGAUUUAAGGCCUCAGAAAUGUCAGCUGGUGAGGCCUUUGUGACUCUGGCCACCACAGACUCCUACUGCAUGGGGGCCACAGUGGUGGCCAGAAGUUUGCGGCGGCAUGGGACGACGCGCCACAUCGUCGUCAUGGUCACGCCAAACAUCUCUGAGCAGUCAAGGCUGGCCCUUGAGAAUGUGUUUGACGAGGUUAUCACCGUGGACACUAUGAACAGCGGAGACGACCUCCGCCUUUCUUUGCUGGGACGCCCAGAACUCGGCAUCACCUUCACCAAGAUCCACUGUUGGACUCUGACUCAAUACAGUAAAUGCGUCUUCCUGGAUGCAGACACACUUGUGCUGGGUAACGUGGACACUCUGUUUGAGAGAGAAGAGCUGUCAGCAGCUCCUGACCCCGGCUGGCCUGACUGCUUUAACUCUGGCGUGUUUGUCUUCAGGCCGUCCCUCAACACUUAUACCAGACUCCUGGAUCACGCCAUGCAGCACGGCAGCUUCGAUGGGGGAGACCAGGGCCUUUUGAACUCCUUCUUCAGUGGCUGGCCGGUGGAAGACAUCAGCAAACACUUGCCUUUCGUCUACAACCUCAGUGCCAGUUCAAUCUACAGCUACCUGCCCGCUUUCCAAAGGUUCGGCCACGAUGCAAAGAUCAUUCACUUCCUGGGACCAUCUAAACCCUGGAGCUCACAGAGAGAUGAUGGCCUCACGCACACCAUGCAACAGUUUGUGUCUCUGUGGUGGAAGGAAUACCUCAGUCACACGAUGUCCUUAGCUCCAGUGACCUUUCAGAACUGGGACAGUCAUCAACAGAUCGAAGAACGAGAAGCCACAUUUAGAGAAAGCUUGGACAGCUCCAGUUCACUGCUGCCACAUUUUUCUCAUCCCUCUGAGAGCCUUCCGUCAAAUAGUGAAAUAAAGCGGGUCCACCAGACAGCUGCUGUCAGUGAAAGUGCUCCAUGUUCCCACAUAGAUAGCACACCGGUGGAGGAAGAGUCGGGAUCACCUGAGAGCUUGGAGGUCAAAGAGUCACUUUUGGGUGCGGAAGGAGUACAGGACGACAGCAGCGACAUUGCGGGGACAGAUACUCAUCCUCAGAGGGCCGAGGACACAGAAAGAGAGCACCAGGAGCACCGCAGGAUGUGGGAGGUCGGACAGGCCGACUACCUCGGUAGAGAUGCCUUCCAAAACAUCCAGAGAAUGCUGGACCGCUUCCUGGAUUAGAUCUUUGCGACUUAACCAAAAAACAAAGAUCCACCCUCAACAAAACUGCCUGGCUAAAUUUCAAAGCCAGUGUUUUGAAGUCUGAUGAGUUUUACAUCUUAAUAUUUAUUAUUUUUAAAGCCCUAACACAGGGAUGGAAACCAACACGUGUAUGUCCACGUCUUUUCAAUGGGAUUGUUUAACCCUCACAUGCAUAGUGUUGCCACGUGCCUACUUGAUCUUGAUGUUAUUAAACAGUGAUAAAAUAAAAUCCAUGUUUUUACAGUUU